GUUCCAUCCGGCCCGAGAUUAACAUUUCACGUCCGGUGGGGAGGGGUUGCUAGGGGAGGAAACUGCGAGGCCUGAUCAGUGAAGAGAGUAGAUUAGACGAGCAGUUGGCUAAGGCACUGUGGAAAAGAAGUGAAAACAGCAAAUAGGGACACUGUCAGCAUUGUUUUAUAGCUUUUAAUAUGACAGAGAUUUAAGCCCUAAGGUCCGCUUGGUUAGAAACGCAAGAAGUAUCGUUGCCCCCGGCCCCAGUGCUCAAUAUUGCCAGGAAUAAUAAUUAUAAGAAUAAUACUAGUAUAUGGUGGCGUUCGUAGUAAAGGGGUGCCAUGAGUUUUUAAAUAGUUUAAUAUAAUAUUGAUACAUGUAUUAAUAACGGCUCCGGGAGUGGAGUAUGAGCUGUAACCGGGAGCAGCCAGCAACACUUCAAGUUCAGUAACCGCUACCGUAUUGAGAAGCACAACCGUGAGAGCCAUGGCGUCAGAGGAGGCCUCGCUGCGUGCUCUGGAGGCCCUCAUGAUUGAAUUCUUCCACAGCUGCACCUCCAACGAGCGCAAGAGGGAGAUCGAGGAGCUGUUGAAUAACUUUGCCCAGCAGACGGGUGCAUGGAGAUACUGCCUCUACUUCCUGUCCAAUACUCAGAAUGAGUAUGUCAUGAUGUACAGCCUGACAGUAUUUGAGAACCUGAUCAAUAAGAUGUGGCUGGGCUUGGCAUCUCAGGAUAAAAUGGAGAUCCGCUGCUGCCUGCCCAAGCUGCUGCUGUCCGAGCAUAGGGUGCUGCCGUACUUCAUCCGCAACAAGCUGUGCAAGGUGAUCGUUGACAUCGGCAGGCAGGACUGGCCUAUGUUCUACCACGACUUCUUCACAAACACUCUGCAGCUGAUCCAGUCGCCUGCCAUGGCCCCGCUGGGUCUGAUCCUGCUCAAGACCACGUCGGAGGAGCUGGCUUGCCCGCGGGAGGACCUGAGUGUGGCGCGCAAGGAGGAGCUGCGCAAACUGCUGCUGGAGCAGGUGCCCACUGUCCUGGGCCUGCUCACAGGAAUUCUGGAGUCGAUCUGGGAUAAACACAGUGUAACGGCAGCCACGCCCCCUCCCUCCCCCACCUCUGGAGAAAGUGGAGAUCUGUUGAGCAGUCUACUGCAAGGCCCAUACUACUCCAAGCUGCUGUCCCAGCCCAUCCCCAUGCUGAACUCUGAGAGCGAGCACCUCUGCUCCCUGGCCCUGGAGAGCCUGGCACACCUCUUCAGCUGGAUCCCCCUGUCCACCAGCAUCACGCCGUCCUUGCUGGACACCAUCUUCCACUUUGCUCGCUUCGGUUGCGAUGUGCAAGGGGCGAAGGGCAAGCUGGGCGGCCCUUCCAUGAACGGCAACACCCAGCUACCAGACGGGGCGGAGCAGGUGAGGCUGGGCGUGCUCGCCAUGACCUGCGUCAAUGAACUCGUGUCCAAGAACUGCGUGCCCCUGGAUUUCGAGGAGUACCUCCUGCGCAUGUUCCAGCAGACCUUCUUCCUGCUGCAGAAGCUCACUCGGGAGAACAACACCCACACAGUCAAGAGCUGGCUAGAGGAGCUUGACGAGAGCUACGUGGAGAAGUUCACAGACUUCCUGCGCCUCUUUGUGAGUGUCCAUUUGAGACGGAUUGAGUCUAACUCACAGUUCCCAGUCGUGGAGUUUUUGGCACUUCUGUUCAAAUACACUUUCCACCAGCCCACUCAUGAAGGCUAUUUCUCCUGCCUGGAUAUCUGGACUAUUUUCCUGGACUACCUGACCACUAAAAUCAAGAGCCGCUUGGCAGACAGAGACACAGUCUUAAAUAGGUACAAGGACGCACUGGUGCUGUUGCUCCAGGAGGUGCUGAACCGGAUCCAGUUCCGCUACAACCAGGCCCAGCUGGAGGAGCUAGACGACGAGACACUGGAUGAUGAUCAACAGACAGAAUGGCAGCGCUAUCUGAGGCAGAGCCUGGAAGUCGUGGCCAAGGUCAUGGAGCUGCUUCCCACGCACGCCUUCUCCACACUGUUCCCUGUGCUGCAAGAAAACCUGGAUGUGUACCUGGGGCUGCAGCAGUUCAUUGUCACAUCCGGCACAGUACGGAGGCUGAACAUCGCUGCGGAGAAUGACUGCCGGCGGCUGCACUGCUCUCUGCGGGACCUGAGCUCCCUGCUGCAGGCCGUGGGGAGGCUGACGGAGUACUUCAUCGGAGACGUGUUCGCUGCCCGCUUCAACGACGCACUCACUGUGGUGGAAAGGCUGGUGGAGGUGACCUGCUACGGCUCUCGGAUCAGUCUGUACGAUUUAGAAACUGCUGUGCCAACUGUGCUUAAGCCAGACCUCAUUGAUGUCCAUGCCCAGUCCCUGGCAGCCCUGCAAGCCUACUCUCACUGGCUGGCCCAGUUCUACAGCGAGGUACAGCAACAGAACCAGGAGCGAUUCGUGUCUCUAAUCACCUCCGCCAUGGAUGCCACCACACCUCUCAUUGGUUCUAAGGUGCCGGAGAAGUUGUUGCUGUCAGCGUGCCAUUUGCUGGUGUCCAUUUCCACAACGGUUCGGCCAGUGUUCCUAGUGACGGUGCCCGCAGUGCAAAACUUGUUCAACCUCAUCACAGACAGUUCUGCUCGAAGGCUCCCCCCAGAGGCCCAGGUGUUGGUGUGCAGGGCUCUCUCCAACAUUCUGCUGUUGCCCUGGCCCAGCCUCCCAGAGAGUGAACAGCAGUGGCACACACGAUCCACCAACCAUGCCAACCUCCUGUCUGCCCUGACCCGCCACUACAGCCUGCUGAGGGGCAGCGCCAGCCUGCAGCCACGCAGAGUGGGCCUCGAGGACAUGAAAGCCAUUGUCCACCAGACGCUGCGAGUUCUGAAGGAUGUUGUGGACAGCAUCUCUGGAGAGUCGACAAAGUCACGGCAGAUCUGUUACCAGUCUCUGCAGGAGUCCGUGCAGGUCUCCCUGGCACUGUUCCCAGUCUUCAUUCACCAGCCAGAUGUGACAGAUGAGAUGCUGAGUUUCUUUCUUACUCUGCUCCAAGGCUUGAGGGUUCAAAUGGGAGUUCCAUUCACAGAACAAAUCAUCCAGACCUUCUUAAACAUGUUUACAAGAGAGCAGCUGUCGGAGAGUAUCCUCCACGAGGGCAGUGCUGGGUGCCGUGUUGUGGAGAAGUUCCUGAAGAUCCUGCAGGUGGUGGUGCAGGAACCCGGCCAGGCCUUCAAACCCUUCCUCCCCAGCAUCAUCUCAUUGUGCAUGGAGCAGGUCUACCCCAUCGUGGCUGAGCGUCCCUCUCCAGAUGUGAAGGCUGAGUUGUUUGAGCUGCUGUACCAGGUCCUUCAUCACAACUGGAGAUACUUCUUUAAGUCAUCUGUGUUGGCCAGUGUACAGCGGGGUGUCUCAGAGGAGCCUAUGGAGAAUAAAGCCCAGUUCAUCGCCAUCAUGCAGGCUUUCGGACAGUCUUUUCUGCAGCCAGACAUUCACAUAUUCAAACAGAAUCUCUCCUACCUGGAGUCUCUCAAUAGUAAACAGAAGCUCUAUCACAAGAAGCUGUUCCGCACCACCAUGCUGUUCCACUUCCUCAACGUGCUGCUGCAGGUGCUGGUGCACAAGAGCCACGACCUGCUGCAGGACGACAUCGCCCUGGCCGUCUACAACAUGGCCUCCGUGGAUUUUGACGGCUUCUACUCUGCCUUCCUGCCAGAGUUCCUCAACAGCUGCCAGGGGGUGGACUCCAAUCAGCGCACCGUGCUGGGACGAAACUUCAAGAUGGACCGGCGGCGAGUCGUGUAUUGCCCCAGUACGGGCACGUGAAGGUCUUUCUAUGGGAAUGGUUUGAACAGGCUCCUGCUAAUAACAGGACCUGCCCUCCUUCACACAGAGUGUGCACAGACUGGUCAACGACCUACGGUACUACAGACUGUGUAAUGGAAGUUUGCCUCCUGGGACCGUGAAGCUAUAGCUGCUGCAGUGGACUUCAUCGGUAUUGCCAGCUGGAUACUCCCUUCUUGCUCACCCAGGGCUCCCACAGGCUCUCUGAACCCAACUCUACACCCACUUCUCAUCUCUUGGAUCCUGACUUCUGGUGGCUCCAAGACGGCUGGCUGCCAGGCCACUGGAGCUGAGCCUUGUGUUGCAAGAAGGGAGCUGCGGGGAAGGACGGGACUUUUGCACCUUUUUUACGUCCGCAGAUUUCAAUGGAUUUAUCUAUUUUAGUUUGUUUUUAAUUCUUAUUUACGAAUGUCGAUGCCAACAAUCAUGAUGAGGCCAAAUAAAGAAGGCUGUAGUAUUUCAGACGGGUCCCUUUUUAUAUCAUUCCACUGCGCUGAGGGAGGCAGCCUUUUGUUUCAGCACUUUUUUUCUUGAUUUGUGUUUUUGACAUUGCCUUCAGUUCAUCUCCUGAAGGGGAGAAUGAACCCCCAAGAGUCUUGAAACUGAAUUUUUUGGUCAUAUCAUUCCAUGCUGAUACUGAAGAGCCAUGCUUACUGAAUAAAGUGCUUAUGUUCUACAAACUUGUUUUGUACAGUUAGUAGUUCAUGUGCUGCUUAUAUAUAUAUUUUUUUAUAUUAUUUUUAACUGAGGCUUGCAUUAUGAUUGUGUAUUUGUUUUGGCCAUUUUAAUUUGAAUGUGUUUCUCACUUUUAACCUUGUAUGUUUUUGUACAGUUCACUUUUCUUACAUGGACAUCUAUUAAAAUGACUUUGUGUAAAUGUGAAAGAAACUAAUUGGGGAAAUUAAUAUUUCUCAUGAAAGCAAGGAAAAAUAUAAAGUAUUUAGAACACUGAAUUCUCAGAGGUAUCUGGAACAUUUUGGAUUAUUUUUUCAUAGCUACUGAAAAAUGAAAGGACAUAAGGUGGCACCAACCGUUUCCCUCUGGAGGCCUGGGUUUGAAUUCAGCUCAAGUGAAAAGUUGGUGGUCUGGUCAUCGCCUCCAGUGGGUACUGGUCUGCAUCACAAAACCACUCCAUCAUCUAAAUGGUUAACUUGGUACUUUGCACAAAUGAUUUAGAAAUAUGAAUGAUGUACAGCAAAAAAAACACUAGGGUGGGGGAUUUAGUAGGAAUAAUAUUUAAUAGAUUCUUGAUAAACCUCAAACCAGUUAACCUUGCGUAAAACUUGAUUUCCUUGUAGUUCAGAAAACAGUGUUUUUAAUUCUGCCCUGCACAUGUGAAUUGUUUGGAUCAGAUUGCAGUCCAUGCACCUGCAGUCCUUCGCAAUGUCCCUGACUCUUACUGAUGAGCAUACAUGGGAGAGGGAGGCUAAGUAGCAUACAGAUUAAAAACAUCUUUAAAGAGUAGCAGUAGUUUCAGUGAUAUGAAAUAAUCAGCUGCUACUGAUAAGCAGAUUUAAAUUACUUUAAUUGAGGGGGAUUGGGUAAUUUGUUGGCUACAACAUUUAGGAAGUAUUUUUUAAACAGUGUGUGAGGAUCUACAGUGGAACAACAGUCUCUUAAUGGAUCCCAUUCUGAUAUUGCCUGUUACAUGUGAAAAAAGUUGAUUUAGAUGGCCUGCUAAAGAUGUAAACUGUACUUUUCUGGUGUCUCAUUAACAUUAUAAACCAUGCCCCCAUUCAAACCUGUUGGGGGCAACUACACUACACCAAUUUUACUGAGUGUAGAUCUUGCACUCCAUGUUAAUGACAAAGAAUUUUAAAUUCUUUGUCAUUUAGGCCACAACAGAAUCUAUGUAGACAGAUGAUGAAAUAUGUUAAUGGAUAUAGCUACCUCUAAUCAAGUUGAAAGUGCAUUUUCUCGUCAUGUCCGUGAGCCAAGUAAAACAACAUCUCGUUCAUAUCUCAUAGAGCUGGUGCUGGUUCCGUCUGCGUUCUACAAUACAGUCUGCAACCAUAAGUUACACAACGGUCAAAGAUAACUUGUGUAUCGUGUUUCAUAGAACUACCAUUAGCAAAUGACCAACCUCCAAUAUUUUCCUGAUGGUAUGUAAGGUUUAUUCACAGCCCCUGGUUUUGCUUAAAUGUUUAUUUUCUGCAAUCCACUGUUAGGUAACAUCCUCUAGCGGAGCAAGUGGAGCACAGUCUCUCAGUAAGAAUAUCACUCGGAACGGCAGUUCCAGUUGAUAUUGCUCUGCUGUCAGUGGAAACGUAUUGAAUUCAAAGUGAUUUCGACUCUAUCCCAGUUGCAGGUGUCUUAAACUAUAGGCUGAAUUGACUUUUGGAAACGCUGGGGUCCUAUUGCUUUUAACACUUAACCAUUUAACUGGUAGGAUUAUGGCAGGAUAAACGGGCCACGCCCAAUAAUGUCUGGAAAACCAAAAUUAAUUUGUGAGAAUACUGUUCUCUGGCUCCUACUGUAACUUCUAAUCAUAACAGCACUUUUCUGAACGUUUUAUGCCGCUUGGAUGGCAUUGUGAGGUGGUGGAGAGGACAGUUUACCCCCAAGAGACCAGGACUCUGAGAUAUUGUACACUGAUAAAAAGACUAGCCGCACGCUACUGUUGAAAGAUUUAUUCCAUGGUCGUUUCCCACCCCCCAAAACUCUUGUUCCUUGAUUGCAUGUUGCUUUUAUUUGGCAUGCAUUUUUUCAGUGCAUCUUGCGGCAGUAAAGGAGGGCAGACAUAUCUUUAAUUCAGCCAAUGCAAAUUAGUCUAGAUUUUAAACCUUAAAAUGCACACCAGAAGGCUGGAAGUUAAUGAUACUACCUGGCAAAUACUGGAGGCAGGUAAGGGAUUAAAAACUGGAUUGCACUGUAGACUGUAAAAGAGCUAGCAGUAGACAACCCCAGUUUCAUAUUCAUUAAUAUUGUGUUCUAAUUUGAAAUCCAUUAGUCUAAUAUGGCCAGCCUCCUACCUCAGUCAUGCAGAGAAAACUUUGUCCAAAAUGACCCUCCUACAAGCCCAUGGUAUUGAAUUCUGUGGAAGAUUACAGCACUGAGGAGCCAAGCACAACUACCUUAAUGAAGCUCCAACAUCAGCUUCAGCCAUUUGUAAGGCUUUUGAAGCCCUUCGUGUUUACAACAGUCUGGCAAGUGCUCACGAGUCAUGUAGCUCUGCACGUACACAACUUGCAACCGUUUUUGCAUAACUUUGUUCUGUUGUGCUGCAAGGAGUGCUAGGUGCAAUUUUGAUGAAAACUGGCUUUGUGCCUUUGCAAGUCCUUAGAGAGAGAAAAUCACUAGCAGGCAGUCACAGAAGAGUCCUUUGUUGGCUCCAAGUCAGUUGAAUUGUUGCAAGCAAUAUGAUUUUCAUAACCUUAAAAUAGUCGACAGACGUAACAGGAAUAUCGCUGAUUGGUUACUAAAAUGUUUGUUAAUAGCAAAAAAAAGGUGUUUAAACCUUAAAGCACUUACCAUUGGAUGAAUCAAGGGAGGUGGCACGUGUUGAUUGGCUAAAUGCGACUGACAUAGCUUUCCACUUCCUAUGUGAUUAGUAUAAGAACGCUUGUAAUUAAAAUAUCAGGGCUCAGAAUACCAACUAUUGAUGCCUUGGGGUUUGGUGCAUGUAUUACAAUUGAUUUGCUUUGCUCCAGUGUUUACUUUGUUCCUGAAUAAACUCUUGAUUGAAACUA